UCAGUUUACUGUAUAAGCCUUAAUAAAUUAAGAAAAUAUAUUUUGUAUGUAUUUUUAGAAAUUUUUAUAUAUAAAAUUACGAAGACAAAAUUAUACUAUAACAUUGACUAUUUGUCUAUAUAGUAUAUAUGUAUAUAAUAUAUGUAUAUAUAAUAUAUAUUUAAUUUAAUUAUUGCAUAUAUAAUUUUUCAGGAUAAAUUUUUUAAACAAUAACGUGAAUUUGUCCGUGAGUAUCAAAAAAACGUUUCGAAAAAUUAUGCUUAAUCUCGAUCUCGAGCUUGAUAACUCUAACUAAAAUUUUGAAGCAUACGAUCAGGAAACAAAUCACGUGUGUAAAUAUGCCUCAUGGUGAAGCGGAAUUGUACAGGAAGGAAAAUAUAUGAUAUAGAAAAAUUAUAGAAAUGGGAAUGCAACAUUCAAAACGGCAGGAUACAGAUGACGACAUAAUAUCGCAGAAGACUUUAGAUGUAGUGAAAAUACUUAUACAUUUUUUAAAAGAGCAUGCUAGGGUGGAAGGAUUAUUUCGACGAGCAGGACGUCGUGAGGUCCGACAGUAUAUCUUGAAUUCUCUAAAAAAAGGCCAUAAACCGCAUUUUGAAGAUUCAAAUGGUGCAGCUCUAGAAUGCGCGGCGGCUUUACAAAUUUUUCUCAGCCGUCUAAAGAAACCGAUUAUGCCGCAGCAUGUUCAAGAAUUGAUUCUUGCUGACAAUCCAGGUGUAGAAGCACAAGUUAUUGCGCAAGAUGCUUUAGGACUUAUUAGACAGGAUGUUAGUGGUCGUCAUAGUGAACUCCUAAUCCAUGUCUUGGAUUUGAUAAGGCAUUUAACUCUGUCAGGACCUCCAUCUGAGUGUUCUGAAUUGAGAGGAUCUCCAUUACCCGUUGCGCUUUUACCAGUGUUUUUUAAUUUAUGCCCUGAUGACUUGAUAAGAUGGAAACAAGUGGCAGCCAGAUUCAGCGAAUUAAUUACGGAAGCCGCCGCACAACUCCGUCGUGAUGAACAACAUGAUAUUCAUACAGAAACUAUAAAUUCUACAAGUUACACUGAUACAGUUUCAAUUUUGCCAGAAGAAUCUGAAGAAUUAACAAGAUGGCAAGAAUUUUCGUUAUUAUAUCCCAUCGUGCGACUUAGAGAUCAUUGUAAUAUUUGUCAUGUUGGUGAGAUGGCACGUGUUCUUAUUACACCGUUACAACGUCCAGUUGUUGGCAGGUUACAUCCGGCAAUUGCUAAUUCUAAUUAAAAAUGUGAUAAUUGAACAACUGUGUGAAUUAUUUUUAGACAAAAAUCAUUGUAUUUAUAUCGUUGCAAUUUUGUCUAUGUAAAUUGAAUAAAUUCACUCAAUUGUAUCUCAAUUAAAAUAUUACGUCUAUAUAUGCUGCUAAUGAAUAGUAAUAAUUAUCGAUUUAAAUUAAAGCUAAUAAAUCAUAUCUGCAAUAAUAAAGGUAUUCAUGUUUAAACAAAUAGGACAUUAUUUGCAAACACAUAUAUUUUCAUACAUUUUUCAGUGCCUCUAUACAUCAAACUGCGAAUAAAAGUUUAACACCUUAUAAAUAAAUUACACUAUAGAAUUUUACAUGAUAAAAACAAUUUACUGCUAACGCACGCGAGCAAAACGUAAGUGAAAGUUAUUCGCAUAUACAAGGUGUAACUAAAAUGUGCGGUUAAAUUUCAUGAUUUAAAUUUCAUCAUUUAACUGUAUGUCAGUUUUUGUGGAACGACUUAGACCAACUUCCUUUAGGCAUUCUUAAAAUUUAUAUGUGCAAUCGCACACAAAGUACGAUAUAUUUUCAGGUUCUUUACAGUAUGCAAGUAAAAAUCAUCACAGCAAGUCUAUGUAUGGAACUACAUUUAUAUAUAUAGAACAUUCCAAAAAAUGUAAUAAUCAAUUAGAGACAUAGUCUUUUAAAAAUAAUAUCAAUUUUGUUUUGUUUGAAAAUAACAUUAAUAAUAAUUAUUGUUUAAUAAUCCUCUGAAGUUUUUCUUUAACAAAAAAUACCGGCUGCUUAAGCUAGAUUAAUGAUAAUAAAUUUUUACUUACAUUCUCUAAAAUUACUGUUCUUAUACUUUCAAAAAUUGCACAAAUUUUUAGAUAAGUAAAAAAAAAA